AUGCCUGCAUACAUCCUGCUGCCGACAGAGGGUAAUCGAAAUAAGUUUUUAGUUUGGGCCGUGGCAUCCAUCCUUUCGCUUGUGACGGUGUCGACUUUGUUGGCUUUGUGUCGGACUAGCCAAAGGAGACUGAAUUCCGGAGCAGCAGUACAACGCAGACUUUCGGAUACCGAAGACGCUCACGACAGGUCCGAUCUCCUAGAGCAAUGUCUGGAUUUAGAGCAGGAGCUAGGCCUUCAUCCGGCUGUUUCGGAGUAUGUUGAGGAGGCGAGCGAGGCAAAGUCUAGGCUCGUCGCCAUGCUAUACGAUUCUGCGGUGAAUUUUGAACGGAUGCGCGCUGUUGCUCCACAGAUGUUGCAAGAUGAAGCGCAGCCGCCUCCACCGAAGAUUCCUCGGCUUAAUGAGUCAUCGCCGUCGACGUCGCAUUCAGGAGCGUCGUUUGGAGCGUUUUGGCAACGCCGCAGUUUCGCAGCAGUGGGCGGUGUUGUCAGCGCCUUAGACCCAGAUGCCUGGUUGCCGGGGGAUUCAGGCGCGCAACAAUCACAAACGGCGAAGCUGGAAGACCUGUUAGGGCUUCAGUGGGACACAUCAGCACCACCAGUAGGUCCGUCGGCAGUUUAUAAAGGAAAGGCAGCUGAUAUUCCUCCGGCUGCUUCACUGUUUGGCAGAGCUCACAGCGGUGUAAAUGCUCUGGUUCCUGGUGCCUGGCUCGACGAUGAAGGGUUCCAGAAAAGGAUUGUGUCCACUACAUCACGGCACGCAACGAGGGGGGCAACUUCGGAAGCUUCCAUUAGUGCAGUUUCUGUGGCAGCUCCUAAUGAGCGUAAAGGCAGAGUUGAUCCUAGGACGCCAACUGCAGGCGGUGCUGGAGGCGGUGGACCACCUGAGGAUGGUGACAUUCGUCUGCACCCUUUUGUCCGGCUGCCAGUGAUAAAUCCGCAACAUAUCCACAGAUGCUUCCGGAAGGAGUUUGCACUGUCAUUUGGGUUAUGGGUGCAUGACCCAAUGAAGGCAUACACUACAAUGCGCAGUUUAUUUGCCAAGGCUUCGCUGACGGCUCAAGACGUGGAGACCCUCAUGACGGAAGCCGAGAUCUUGGCGAACUAUGCAGUACACAAGCUCGCAGGCCCAUGUAAGGAUUCAACCAGCUACCUUCUUGUGAAACUCUCGUCUUUGUUUAUGGUAUUUGACUACCUGGUUUGCGCAAUCGAGCUCCUCGGGGAAAAGAUGGAUACCGGAAACUGGUGGAAUGAGUUUGCGCAGAAGUUCCGCACAGAUUAUCGCCUUCCUGAAGCUGCAAGGACGCAAAGGGCAACGUUCUUGAACCAGCUGGUGAAUCGCCUGAGUUCUGCGCUGGCAAUAUAUAAGGGAAGAAGGCGGCCAAACUUUAGGGAGAUAAUUGAACUGAAGAGGACCAUUCUUGCCGAGGCGAACGCAGAGACCCAGUUGGGGAACCCGCAGUGGAAGCUCUGGAUACAGGAUGACAAGGAGUUCUCUUCUUCUAAUAGUUACCCUAAACCUCAGUCUGACGUCCGCACGCCCGACGAACGAGGAAGAAAACUACUAUAG